GAGCACAACCCAUGGGAUAUUCCCCGGAAAUUGUGCUGCAGACUGGACUCGAGGGAUCUAUUUAAACGGCCUCGAGGCCAGCCUGCGUCUCCAUUGCAUUGCAGACUCUUUCUUCCUUGUGCCCUGUUUCUCGAGUCCCAAGUUGUUGUGGGGAGAACAGAACAGGGGAAGCAGCCGGAGAGCAGAGCAGCAUGUCGUCGGGCGGUCGCCGGCGGCUGGCCCUGGUGGCGGCCCUGGCCCUGGUGGUCCUCGCCGCCGACGCCGGGGUGACGAGCGAGUACCGGCGGAAGCUGGAAGCGACGGUGGAGAUGCCGCUGGACGCCGACGUCUUCCGCGUGCCGCCGGGAUACAAUGCGCCGCAGCAGGUGCACAUCACGCUGGGCAACCAGGAGGGGACGGCGAUGAUCGUGUCGUGGGUGACGCCCAGCGAGCUGGGCAGCAGCACGGUGAUGUACGGCGGCGCGCCGCACAAGCUGGAGCUCCGGGCGGAGGGAACGCACACGCGCUACGACUACUUCAACUACACCUCCGGAUUCAUCCAUCACUGCACCCUCAAGAACCUCAAGCAUAGCAGCAAGUACUACUACGCCAUGGGGUUCGGGCACACGGUGAGGACCUUCUGGUUCACCACGCCUCCCAAGCCGGGGCCUGAUGCGCCCUACAAGUUCGGCCUCAUAGGGGACCUUGGGCAGACGUUCGACUCGAACCGCACGCUGUCCCACUACGAGUCCAACGGCGGCGACGCCGUGCUGUUCGUGGGUGACCUCUCCUACGCCGACAACCACCCUCUCCACGACAACAACCGGUGGGACACGUGGGCGCGCUUCGUGGAGCGCAGCGUCGCCUACCAGCCAUGGAUCUGGACGGCGGGGAACCACGAGCUGGACUUCGCGCCGGAGCUCGGCGAGACGACGCCGUUCAAGCCCUUCUCCCACCGCUACCCGACGCCGUACCGCGCCGCCGGCAGCACGGAGCCCUUCUGGUACUCGGUCAAGAUCGCCUCCGCGCACGUCAUCGUGCUCGCCUCCUACUCGGCGUACGGCAAGUACACGCCGCAGUGGACGUGGCUGCAGGAUGAGCUGAAGCGCGUGGACAGGAAGACCACGCCAUGGCUGCUGGUGCUGAUGCACUCGCCGUGGUACAACAGCAACGGGUACCACUACAUGGAGGGGGAGACGAUGCGGGUGCAGUUCGAGCAGUGGCUCGUCGACGCCAAGGCCGACCUCGUCCUCGCCGGCCACGUCCACGCCUACGAGCGCAGCCACCGCGUGUCCAACGUCGCCUACGACAUCGUCAACGGCAAGUCCACGCCGGUGCGGGACCAGGGCGCGCCGGUGUACGUCACCAUCGGCGACGGCGGCAACAUCGAGGGCAUCGCCGACAACUUCACGCGCCCGCAGCCGAGCUACUCGGCGUUCCGGGAGGCCAGCUUCGGCCACGCCACGCUGGAGAUUAAGAACCGGACGCAUGCAUACUACGCGUGGCACCGGAACCAGGACGGCGCCAAGGUCGUCGCCGACGGGCUCUGGCUCACCAACAGGUACUGGAUGCCCACCGACGACACCAACUGAUGAUCAUUCCCGGCAUCAUCCCGUCGACCAUGCAAAGCUCAUUUUUCAGUUGUCGGCAGUGACGACAUGUGAAAAACCUGCAAGUUCCUUUUUCUUCCCUGAGAUCGAUCAGCCGGUUGGCAAUGAUCCCUUGCAACUUAAUGAAACUAGUGAUUCAAGAAAAAUACUUGACAUUUCAUGAUUGUUGUAAAAUGAUCAAGAUAUCAUAAGAGCAGCAUGCGUGCACAAUGCGGCAUUUGACAUU